CUAAGCAAGAGUAAUCUCCCUUUCCAUCAUGGCGCACUAAGCAAAGCUUUGCUUAUACCGAGAGUCUCAGUGAACAGUUCUUCACAAUUUUAUCACACAUGAGUUGAUAGACGAUUGCUUCUUUAGCACUGGAUGUAUAAGUGUUAAUAAUAAGGCCUCGAAACAAGUUCUUUAUCUUUCAAAAAAAUUGAGCUGCACAUGAGUGUAUCACCAGACACUGGGAAGCACCAGGAAGAAGAAUCAUUCAAAGAAAGUGGCAGAAGACACAGCACAAGUGAUGUACCUCAAAAGGGAGCAUCACCACCAAAAAGAGGACCUCCACCUGGUCUUCGCAUUUUCUCUCCUGUGGACAGUGAUGACCUGGAAGUCGAAACAGUCCUUAGUGAUGGACGUGGGUCACGCACAUUACAUGGGGCUUUGUCUAGAUCUCGUUCCACUGAUCAUUUUGAUGUGACCUCCAAAAUCAACCAGUCACCUUUUCGGCCUUCCACCGUCAUGACAAACCUGAGCAGGGGUAAUGUCCAGACCACCACUCCAUCCAUAUAUCCAACUCUAACAAUCCACCAGAUGGCGGCACAAGGGGAGGUAGUCAUACUGCAACAAGAAUUACAUGAUGGAAUUGACAUCAACAGUGUUGACGAAAAUGGUCUCACGGCUCUGCACUGGGCCUGUGCCAAUGGUCAGCUGGCCACCGUUGAAUUUCUGGUGAAGAACGGUGCAGACAUUUCUUUAGGAGGAAAUCAGGGCGAAACACCGUUACUGCUGGCUUCAUGCUAUGGUUUCUGUGAAAUUGUCAAGUUUCUCUUGACCAUGGGAAUUGAUGUCAACUAUGCAGAUGAGAGUGGAGGCACAGCCCUUAUUUAUGCAGCCUACAACAACCAUGCAGCGUGUAUUACAUCUUUGCUAGAGUUUGGGGCAGACCUUACAGCAACUAAUGAGGAUCAGCUUACGGCCUUUGAUCUCUCUGUAGCCCAAGGCAACAGGGCAGCACAACAGGCUAUUGAGCGUUUUAUGCUGAGUACAAUAGAAGGACCUGCUCCACAGUGAACAAGACUUCCAGCAUAUGAUGGGCCACACAACAUGUGAUCCUGUCUACAACACAUGGUUACAUGAUCAAGACUACAAUGCUCAGGUCUGCCUGCAUAUGAGCUCCAUCAUAUGAUGCGCUGGCCAUCAUUUCCACAGUAAACAAGUGAUCCGCAGUAUAUAAAACUCCUGAUAACUAAGAGUACAGGCCAAGUACUACACACUGCUUGCAGAGUAACCCAGCUGGCAGUCAAUAUGUCAAGGUCGAAACAGUGGUCCACAAAAAAAAACUAUUCUGUAUUCACUGCAUCAAGAGAGGGAUGAGAUUUUUUUGCAGUGUUAGAGGGUUAAUUUGUAGUCAGAUCUAGUGAGAAGGCAGACAUCCACAUGCCGGUUGUUGCCUAAAAUUGAUGCGAUUCUAGUGAUAGAGUAUUAAAAAUUAAUACAAAACAGAACUGCAAAGAAUAGCUAUCAGUAGGGCCAGUUAAGUGCAAGUGGUUCACCAUGUAUAAAGCACAACAUGUGGAAAGCUUCAGCACCUACACCUUUUGCUCCAAGAAGGCUGGGGACUUCACGUUGGAGGGCAUUGUCCUUGAACUCCGACUGGCAUAUUGACACACAGCUGACAGUAUGUGUCAUAUGCUCUGCUCUAUAGAGUUACAGUUUCAACUGAAUGUAAAAAUAACUAAAGAGGGGUAAAAAGUGCAGAAAGAUGAUAAUAGUGAUGCAGUAAAUAUCUGUAAACAAUUUCUUUAGCAAUGUCAUGAAUGUUUAUUGCAUUGUAAGAGAAUACAUAGAAAUGUACAGAUGUGUCAGAGCUAUAGUCUUUUCUUCCUUUCUGAAAAAUACUCAGCAUCUCUAACCCAUUUCGAUAGAGCUGGCACAAAAUUCAUAGACCAAUCUACAUGGUAAAAGGACUAGGUAGAAAUAUCUUGUUGCUGCUAUGGGUAGAUGCCUCCAGAUUUGCUGCUUGUUGUCUUACAUAUAACUGAUCACUGUCAGCAUGCCAUUGAGAGCAAGUUUCCACUGCAAUAAACUAAAACUAUUAGGAAGCACAGUUGUGUCGAGCUUUGUCAGAUCUGUUAAAUGCACAAUGAGGAGAGCAUUGUGAGAUCCAUGCACUGUUGAAAUGAAUGUAAAGUGAAAUGCUAGCUGAAGGGAGAGAAUCCUCUGAAUGCAUUUUAAGACCGAAAGGAAGAAAUCAUCGGUAAAAUUAACAUAAGUCAUAGUCAUAAGUAGUUUAUUCAAGGGGCCAUUGUCCUUUUUGGAGGGGGAGCAACAACAAAAUAAUACAAAACUUAACAUGUAAAAUUAACAUGUAACUGUGUGUACAUGUAAUCUUUGCAUUUGUGUGCUUGUGUCAAUACAGUACUAUUCAUGUUAGCAUGUAAAACACCCACCACCACCACCUCCUGAAAAAAGUUUAGCUUUAAGGGUUACCAUUCAGGUUUGACCGUUUGUCAACUGUUUACUUUGAGUUUGUACAUUGUCACAUUGGCUUUUUUUUUAAAAAAUCACCAUUCACUCACCUUUUACACAUAUGCCCAGGCACUUUUAUUUUAAUGAAACAGAAUGGCAGAUCUAGAUGUACUUUAUUAAGUUUGAAAAAUCCUGAUAUAUAUCCCUCUUAGUUUGUGUGAGGAAAGUAUAUUCAGACAAUGGUAUUCAGUUAUAAUUCAGACAAGUAGCUUCCCCUAUAAAUUAAAAAAAAAAAUCAAAUAGCAAAAUGUUGCAGCACGUUUUUACAUUUUAUACACAAUGUCUUUGCGUGUAAAGUUUUUGUUGGGGGGGAGGGGGCAAGUCUAAUUCCUUAUGCUGAAAAUUUUGCAAGUCUACGAUAGGUCUGUCCAUUAUGCAAGCCAGUAAUUUGGUAAUUCAGUCUUUACAAUUUACAAAUCAACAUUCUUACACGUAUGCACUUAUACACAGCAUUAGCAGGGUCUGAACUCUCACUUUUCACAUUGUAUUACUAUAAUGUAGCCUGACUGCAUUUCACAAGUAAUUGGUUUAAAUACAGGGUGUCCAAAAAGUCUCACCCGAUUUUAUAAGAUAAACAUAUGCUUUCAAUGAAUUUUAUUGAACGAUUAAUGAGAACUACAAGCACAAUGAUAACUAUGAAUGAACCAAAGAUGCAACAAUGAUAAAAAUUAAUACUAACGGAAUGAUUCAAAUUGUUCUCCGUUAUGUUCAAUCCAAGAAACCAAUCGUGAUGCAACACUACGACAAACCUUUUGGCACCGUUCCACAUCAAUUGUGCCAAAUUUUUCGGCAAUAACUCGGUGAAUGUCAGAAAAAUCUACAUUCGUUAUCAAUAUAAAAUCAGGCGAAACUUUUUGGACACCCUGUAUUUAAAACUGCCUCAGUAAUCGAUGAUU